AUGGCUGACUGUGGACAGCCGAUUGUGAUGGAAGGUGGUGGUCGGAGGUGGAAAGCUUGUGGCGGGUGGCCAAUGCAUGGCAGCGGUGGUCGGCAAUGGCGGGUGGCGGCAAUUGUAGUCGGCGACUAUCGGUGGCGGCGAUUGCCUGUGGCGGCCGCUCUCACCAUAGUUCUUCUCCUUCUAGCCAAUUCUGUUUCCUUUUCCUUCUCUUUAGAGCUUCACUUCUACAGAAAAACAUGCCCCAAAGCUGAGAUCAUCGUCAGAGCUGUGCUGCACAGGCAUAUUCAACAAGACCCAUCAAUUCCUGCUAGACUUCUACGCCUUCACUUCCAUGAUUGUUUCACCACAGGUUGUGAUGGUUCAAUACUCAUCGACAGCACUGAUGAUAACAUAGCAGAAAAGGAGGCUCCCCCAAACUUUUCACUUAGAGGGUUCGAAGUGAUCGAUGAUAUAAAGACUGAACUUGAGAAAGUAUGCCCGGGAAUAGUCUCCUGUGCUGACAUACUGGCAUUGGCAACAAGGGACAGUGUAGCUUUUUCUGGAGGCUUUUCCUAUGCUCUGCGGACUGGAAGGAGGGAUGGGACCGUCUCCAGGAUGGCUGAUUUUCACAUACCAAGUCCUUCCAUCACCGUUUCCCAAGCCUUGGCUGAUUUCCAGAGCAUCAAGCUUGAUUUGGUGGAUCUCACUACGUUGUUAGGAUACCAUGGUACUACAUUUGCCUCUCUUUCAGGUGCUCAUAGCAUCGGCUUCUGCCAUUGUGGUUUCUUCAUUGACAGGCUCUACAACUUCAAAGGCACUGGCCUACCUGAUCAUGAGAUGGACAGUAACUUGCUCAACAGGUUAAGACAGAAAUGCCCUGCUUCAACACUCCAAAAUAUUAGUAUAGAUCCGAAUAUUUUCAUGAACGAAGGCACUUCAACUCCUUUCAAGCUGGAUCAAUCAUUCUUCAAAAAUGUGCUCGAUGCAAAGGCUAUUCUCCAGCUAGACCAGCAAUUAGCAUUCACCAAUGUUACAAAUAAAAUAGUAAGCCGAUAUGUCGACAGACCAAAGUUGUUUAGGAAACAGUUUUCACAGUCCAUGAUAAAAUUGGGUGAGGUAAAUGUGCUAACGGGGAAAGAAGGAGAGAUCCGGCAUAAUUGCAGGAGAGUGAAUAAAUAA